AUGGAUAAUCAUUCCGAGAGUGGUCUCACACAUACGCCGUCCGUCACAGCUUCCUCCGGCUCCCAGAAGCCGUCGCGACGAUAUGCGUUCGCCUGUUCGAAUUGUCGUAGGAAGAAAGUCAGGUGUGGUGGUGAAAAGCCAAGCUGUAGUAACUGCACCGGGAGUCUACAGGAGACAUGUCGAUACCAACAUCAGAGAGCGGUGGAAAUGCAGCUAAAGCAGGCGCAGGAAAAAAUCAUUCUACUGCAAAAACAGCUGGAUGGCGCUUUGCCUCAUCGCAUAGCAGACAAUUCCAUCACAGAGCCUGUAACCAGAGCCUUAGAGAGACCACCCUACCCGUACACGGGUGACUCUGAAGCUAGUAAUCAAGAGAGCAGAUCUCGGGAGGACUUGGAAAUUUUCUGGUCUCAAGUCAGCCUCGGCGAUGAAGGCAGUCCAACUUACCAUGGUUCGACAUCUCGCUUCCAUCUGGAGGUUGAUAAAGCAAAUGUCAAGAGGCUUGCAGGCAAACCGAAAGAAUCUUCGGAGGUUGCCAGACUUGCAGAUCUACCAACCUUACGUUCGAAUGCAGAGCUCUUAAGACGUGUUUGGGAGCCUCUCGCAUACGCAGGUCUGCAGGAGCACGAGGGAAUCUCACCCGCCAUGGGAUCUACGCUGUUGAAGAUUUAUUGGACCUGGCAGCAUCCGUUACACAACUGCGUCUAUAGACCAUGUUUCUUCCGUGACAUGGCGUUGGGCGGGCCAUAUUACUCGGAGUUGCUCCUGAUGUCCAUAUACGCACUUGCUGCAAGACAUGCGGAUGAGAGUGAUCCUCACUUCAUCCAUUUGGGCAAGGGUGAAGGAUGUCUGGAGCGGGCAAAGACGCUUCUUGUUCAAGAACUAUCUCAGCCAAAGCCUAAGAUCUCAACCAUACAAGCUCUCUUAAUUCUUGGGGGUCGCCAGUGUGCAAUUGGAAACAGCUCUGAGGGGUGGCUCUACACUGGUAUGGCAAUACGAAUGAUGAAAGACGUCGGUUUACACUUGAAUUCACAUUCAUUGCAAGCCUUUGAAGACUUAGCACCAGCCGAUCUAGAAGCCAGGAAACGAUUGUUUUUCAGUGCAUAUAUUUGGGACAAAAGUAUUAGUCUAUGUCUCGGCAGACCACCCACUUUGGUCGAAAUGCCACAUGCUGUUGACGACUUGUUGGACAAUUUCGAUGAUGACGACUUGUGGACGCCGGUCUGUCUAGGGGGUAUGCAACAGUACCCGAUAACUCCAGGGUUUAAUACCUCCACGUUUAAGGAGUUCUGCCGCAUUGGAGAGAUUAUCACACAAAUCUAUUCAGUCGUUUAUAAUGACCGGAAGAUACGCUGCGAGGAGGAAGAUAUACGUGAUAUAGAAGCUAGGUUAUACUCUUGGUUUGCGAAACUACCCGUCGCCUUGCGAAUGGAUGAUAUUUCAUGCAUCGAGUACUGCCCACCACCUCAUAUACUGUCAUUGAAUCUUGUGUACCACACCCUACUUAUUUUGGUAUUUCGACCAUUUCUCAGAGCUGCAGGCUCUUCUCAACUUCAACAACAUGCUAAACAAAUUUGUUCUGCACAAUCAAUCAUCAUCAACGAUCUUUUCCUCCUAUACGGACAUACGUUCAAUUACAAGGUUAUGACAUAUCUUGUUAGCUACUGUGUCUACACGGCAGCAACAAUCAACGUCCACGAUAUGAAGCAUUCAGAUGCGUCAAUGAGCCACGAAGUCGCUGCAAGACUGAACGUUUCUCUCCAAGUGCUGGAGUCGGAGGCUAGACAGACACCGGGAAUCCGCCAAAGCAUUAACAUAAUCAAGCGCCAACUUUCAAACUGGGAUGUGACCACACAACCCGAUACACUUGUAGCGGGUUCAUAUCAAGAAGGUGAUCAACUAACAGUCAUCAGAGAUACUAGCCUCAACGCGAACGUUUCCAACGAAGCUGGCCUGGAACAGGUUUCUCGAAAUCUGUUGAUAAAAGACUGCGCACUGUCAGAUGAUAUGAAUGCGACGGUCGAUAUGGAUGGAAUGACUUUUGCCAUGUAUGAAUCGUCGUUCAUAGAUGCAAGUGGUGGUUUUCAGCCAGAUGCGUUCCACUGGGCACUGAAUGAUACGUCCAAUAUAGGAGUAAACUAUAACCUUGGAUGA